AUGCUCCUUAUCACUUGGGUUGCCUUGGAAAUAGCAUUUUGGUUUUAUCUUUACAACACUAAGAGGCGAUUUCAACAAUACGUCAAACCACAGACAUUGCCUACAAAGAAUGAGCGACAGCAGCUAUUUUGGAAUUGUUAUCACACCAUCAAACAUGAUUUGAAAAAGUGGUUCGAAGGAUGGUUUUAUAUAGCCAGCAGCCCUGAUCGUGCGCAUCCCAACUUUAAGGAUAUUCAUCGAGACAAUGUGGCCACUUGGUUUGCAUGGGCAUUUUGGGUGGAGCAGCUUGACCAUGUGCUUUCAAACAACGAAUGGGCUCAAGAAAUCGAGUGGAUGAUCAACACCAUCGAGAAGGAUUUUGAUAUCGAAUUUCCAAAGGGCUAUAAUGAAGAUAUUCAAUGUAUUCGACCGAGCUUCGAUCCUGUACAAUCAUUACACCGACCACUUGCGUUGUACUUGGCCAACUAUGUCAUGACGUGUGUGUUCAAUCGUGUGCUGCUUGAAUGGUUUUGGCAAUUUGAACGAGGUGGCACGGACUUGCCAGGUGUCAUGUGGGGUCAUCUCCUGAGACCCUUCCAUCAUCAGCCGCCUCCACCAACAACAACGAGUGAUACCAACAAGUUCAAUCAUCUCGUAUACUGGUCUCUUGUGCCAUCAGCAUCUCACAAGACAUCGCGUGAAGUUCCCAUUGUCUUUGUUCAUGGUAUUGGUGCAGGGCUCACAGUAUACGCUGAAUUUAUUCAUCGCCUGGUUCGACUUGGACGACCCAUUUUCUGCGUGGAGCUACCUUAUGUUUCAAUGCGCAUGGUAGAGCAUAUUCCAACGCCUGAAGAAACAGUGCGAGAGAUCGAGAUGAUGUUGACAGCUCAUGGUUAUGACGAAGCUGUUAUUGUGGCCCAUUCCCUUGGUACAGCUGUUGCUAGUUGGAUAGCCAACCUUGCUCCAAAGCGUGUGGCUGGUCUGGUUCUUGUGGAUCCCAUUUGUUUCUUACUCAAUUAUCACCAUGUUGCAUUCAACAUGCUCCACCGUAUUCCAAAACGAAUCAUAGAGUAUCUUAUACACUAUUUUGCAUCCCGUGAGCUUUACAUCAACUACUACAUCAGCCGGCAUUUUCAAUGGUAUCAAACGAUCUUUUUCGCUCAUCCACCAUCAACGACAUCCGAUCCUCCACCUUCGCCUGUACCACCAGAACAACAAGGACCAUUACGCAAUGCCACAGUGUUCCUAUCCGAAAAUGAUGCCAUUGUUGACAGCCCUUUAAUCACCAAAUAUCUCUAUGAUGCAGGAGUACAAGCACGUCUUAUGCGAGAUAUCGGACAUGCCGAGUUCCUUGUCAAUGGUCAAUGGAAGGAUGAGAUUGUGACCGAAGUUGAAAAAGCUGUUAGUUGUAUGGAGGAUGAAGGAUUGGGAUUAUAG